UUUUUUUUUUUUUUUAUUUUUUCACGUCAAUACUAUAAUCAACAAUUUGUCGUACUGAAAAGUCUUGUCUUUGCACGCGAUUUAUAUUUAUUUUUUUGUAAAUUCUUUGUUAUAAAAAAGGAGACUUCAGUAAACGGAGUGACUUGUUAAUGUUUCUUCGGCUCGGAUACAGUAGUUAAUAAAAAAUAUAUUUAAUAUUUAACAGUUAAAGUUUAAAAUCUACAAAUUGACGAAUCAAAUAUUCAUUUUUAAUAAAUAAAAUUGUGUUGCAUUAAAUUUUCACAUUUAAUUGUCAGAUUAAAUUGUGAAAAAAAUGGCAUUGGAAAUACCGUCAUGGUUGAACAAUCAAUUUAUCGAGCGAAUUUUAAAAAAGUCAGAAAAUGAUGAUUCAAUUCGGGUAGUAAAUAUCGUCACAAAACCAGCGACAAAUAAAGGUGACAAUUAUACGAGUCAAAUGUAUCGUACAACUGCAAAUUUUAUGCGUCAUCAAGGCUCAAAACAAAUAACUGAUAAAAAAUCACUGAUUAUUAAAACGACAUUGCCAGAUGGUCCGAAUAAUAAUUUGGUUCAAGAAGCUGGACUUUUUGAUAUUGAAAUAAAAAUGAUGACAAAUACACUAAGAGACAUGGAGAGUUUAUUGAAAGAUAAAAAACUUGCUGGUAAAUGUUACUACACACAAGAUGCAAACCCAGUGAUGUUGGUCAUUGAAGACUUGGCACCAUUGGGUUUUAGAAUGGCUGAUCGUCAAGCUGGCUUGGAUCUUGAACAUUGCAUGCUUGCCAUAAGUGGUAUUGCCAAAUUUCAUGCUGGUUCUGUUGCAGCAUGUGAAAAGGAACCAAAAUAUAAAGAACAAUAUCACAAAGGAAUAUUCAACAGUUCCCAUCCAAAAGAAAUGAAAAGAUUUUUCAUCGGUGGAAUGAAAGGACUGGCAAGUGUAAUGAAAAAUUGGACAGAUGUUGAUCAACAAUAUGCUGAUAAAAUGAUGAGUGUAGCAGAAGUGUCAUAUGAUCGAGCAUCUGAUUCAACAAUUCUUGAUGAUAAUGAAUUUCAUGUUAUUAAUCACGGUGAUUAUUGGGUCAACAACAUGUUAUUUCGUUACGACAACGAAGGCAAAGUUAUCGAUCACAUUUUAGUGGAUUUUCAAUUGUGUUUAUAUGGCUCACCAGCAAUUGAUCUAAGUUAUUUUUUCAACACAAGCCCAUCUGAAGAAGUACUUCAAAAAUACUAUGACAAACUUAUCAAUGAAUAUCUCACGAUUUUAUCAGCAACAAUGAAAAAAAUUGGAUGUAAAACAUCACCACCAACAUUGGCUGAUCUUAAAAAAUCACUAAAUCAAAAAGAAAUAUAUGGUUUUGUAGCUGCUUGUACAAUUCUUCCAAUAGUUCUUGUUGAUAAAGCUGACGCUCAAAAUCUUGAAGAAAUUUUGGGUGAUGAUGAAUCGCCAUUUAACAAUAAAGCAUACAUGAAUCCAGCCUACGAACGUGCAAUAUGUCGUAGGCUACCAAAUUGGAACAGACUAGGAUUACUGGAUGCCUAAUUAUCAUAAAGAUAAAUAAUCAAAUAAUCAACUAAUCAAAAAUAUAUCAAUCUAUAAUUAUCACUAAUUUAAAUUGGGAAUAAAUUAGCAAAUGGAAUAGCACAAAAAUAAUAAAUAAAGCUAUAUGUAUAUGAAAUGAAACCUGAUGAAUUGAAUUUCCUAAUAUUCAUUGUAUUGAUUCUUAAUGUGAUUUUCUUUGACAGACUUAUGUGAAGAGCAGUCGGAUAUUUCAAACAAUACACAGACCACGCAUGUUACAGAUACAGAUUCUGAUAUACUGGAUGGAAUUGAAUGGACGAUUAACUAUGGAAGUUAAUUAAUGUCAUGAUAACCUAGGAAAUUGCGUUUUAGCUUUCAAUUUUCUGGGAGCAUGUGUUUGCAUGACACACAAUAUACUAUUAUCACGGUCAAUUCAAUAUAUACUACUGUAGUUUAACUUGCACAUGUAUAACUAAAAUCAAUCUGAUAAAUUUAUAUAUGGAAAAUCUAAUUAAUCAAUUAUUUAUUGUUAUUAACUUGUAUUGUUGUUAUUAAAAUUAUAAUCAUACUUGAUUAUAAACUUUUUCAGUAAUAAAUAUCAACAAUACAAAACUUUUCAUCAUAAUUGAUAUGAAAAUUCGUGCUAAUUUUAAUUUGAUAUAAAAUUUAUACUUGGAAAUUAUUUACAAACAGUGUUAUUUAAUAGUGAACUUUGCUUUUAGUAAUAUUAGAUAUAACUCAAUUAACCGAAGAUAUUAAAGCAAGAUAAAUAAUAGUAUUAUUUAAUAAUAAUAUUUUUGUAAUAUACAUAUUGUUUGGAAAUAAAAAUUGCAACUAAAUAUUUUGAAUAUUUUGAAUUCUAUCAAAGUUAUUGCAUAGUCAACAGAUUGGUGGUUGAUUUCAAAGUACAGGAUAUUAGAUACUUGGAUAGGAUUCUUGAUCUUCAAAGAGAAACCAAUAUCCAUGCGAAUAAAGCCAAUACAUGUCGAAUAACUCGGGUCCAAAAUAGGCAAAUACCUGGGCAAAUUCUUGUAAACAUAUAUGUUGUAAGCACAAUAUAUAGCUGUACAUUAACUAUAUUAAAAAAUUUAUAUAAAUUUAAAAAUCAAUGCUAUAUAAACAAGUAAACUGCGUGUAAAAAAAAAAGUCAAAAUUUGUAAAAAAUAUACUUGUAAAUUUCUAUUAUAAAAACAAUAAUAAAAAAAUAUUUUUAAAAAUAGUUGAAUAAAAAUUUAAUUAAAUCAAAAUAUUAUAUAAAGUUUUUUUCUGUUAUUUAAAUUAUUUAUAAAACAAACAAAUAAAUAUUUCAAACAUUAAUCAGACACCAUAAAGUUUUAAGAUGCAAAAAGAUUACAAUACUCAACUUAUUGUAAAGAAAUUGAGAAUAAAAUACAAAGAGAUAUUUCAACUUAAGCUACAAAUUCAUGUAACAUCUAAAGAAAGUGUUUUAAACAAUUUCAAGUUAACAACAAAGAUAUAAGAGAAAUAGUGAUGGAUAUAAAAUAAAUAAAUUGAAUACAAAAUAUACAAAAUGAAUACAAAAACAUUAAAAUCUGUAGCAAAACACCCUGAGGGUUUGAGCAAUCAACCAGUUGUAUUCAUAAACUAUAUACAGCGUCUGUCAUGAACUUUACAUUCAAGCUAUUGACAAUAUUCUCAUGAUAACAACAAAUAACAAAUAAUAAUAAUAAUAAUAAUAAACUACAGGUUGCGGACACAAUAAAGCUCGUAUCAUCCACAGAAUGAGGUGUGACAAGUUUUGAAUUAAGCUCAAACUAUAUCAAUAAAUAUGUGUUUUACAUUUGAUGUGUUCAAACAAUUCAUUUACCAUGUUAAAAAUAAUUAUAAUAAUAUAUUUAACAUUGAAUAAUUGUCAUUGAUGUAAAAUGUAUUGAUGAAAAUUUAAUGGAUAACUUCAAGUACAUACUUGAAGCCUUUCAAAAAAUUUUAACUCAAUCAAUUUUGAUGUAAAAUUAAUACUGUUAACAGAGCAUCAUUAUCUGUUAUAUUAUAUUUUGAAGCUACCAAUUGGCCAUAAGAUGAAACUAAAUAUUCGAAUUUUCAAUAUAAUAUUUAUGUAUAUUUAUACAAUACUGCUGAAGAUAAGAUAUGACAUGUUCAAGUUUCAGAAUAUUGCAAGCCACAAUUGGCCCAAGUUGAGGGUAGUUGGUUCGAAUAGAUCAAACGUUUUUUGCAUACUUAAAAAGCUGCGUAAAAAAUCAAUAUAAAAUGCUUCUAAAAAGUACAUAAAUAUUUCUUGUCAACUAAAAUUAAUCCAACAGCUAAAUUUUGAAAAUAAAAAAUAAAAUAAAUAUGUUGAAAUUUUUUUUUACGUUGAUGUUUGAAUAAAAAAUUAAAGGAUGAUAUAAAUUGGUAAUGAAGUAAAAUAUUUAUCAAGUGAAAGAGAAUAUGAAAAAAAAAAAAAAAAGUAAAAAA